AUGGAACAGAGUUUGAGAGCUGAGAAGAGCAGUGACGUCGGCGGCACCAACGCGACAAGUUCCGGAUCCGACAGCUCAAUCCGACAUGAUGCUUCUGCCGACGCUCGCAUUCGGAGGAAACUCGACAGACAUAUGAUGCCCUUGUUCUUCGUUCUCUACAUGUUAGCCUUCCUUGAUCGAGGGAAUAUUGGCAAUGCGCAAAUCGCAGGCAUGGGAAAGGCGCUUCACUUAAGCAGCAGUGAGUACGCCUGGUUUGCAACCAUUUUCUACAUCACAUAUAUCGUCUUUGAGUUUUCGCUGCUCUUCUGGAAGCUCUAUCCACCGCACCUGGUCGGCGCAAUCGUGGUAUUCGGAUGGGGUCUCAUGGGUACGGUGCAAGCCGCUGCGCAAAAUUGGGGUGGAAUGAUGGCAAUUCGCUUUUUGCUCGGAGCUUUUGAAGCUGCCUAUGCUCCCGGUAUCAUUUAUCUUCUUUCAUUCUUCUACCUCAGACAUGAAGUCGGAUUCCGAUGUGGUCUCUUCGCAUCCGCUGCACCACUUGCGUCCACCUUCGCCGGAGCCCUCGCAUACGGCAUCACAAGCAGCCAAGGUUCUAGUCUCGCCAAUUGGCGCUUGCUCUUCUUGGUCGAGGGCCUUGCGACGGUUGUCAUGGCUCCCGUUGCUUAUUACUUUAUUCCCGAUUCACCAGACAAAGCAAGAUUUCUCAACGCCGAAGAAAAGCAGAUUGUUAAGCGCCGUGCAAUGCGACAAGUUGGGUCAGAACCUAGCGCUCGAAUCGGAGGGUUGAAUGCCAAGGAGUUCCUGCUGACAUUAAUUGACUAUAAGGCAUGGUUUGUAUCCUUGAUGUACUUUGCCGGCAACGUCAGUUACGCCAGUUUACCAGUUUAUCUGCCCAGUAUUUUAAACGCCAUGGGAUAUAGCAGCAUCAAUGCUCAGGGACUCAGCGCGCCGCCAUAUUUCAUCGCCUUCUUGUUUGCCCUCAUCACGACAUACGUGGCUGAUAGAACCCAGCAGCGUGGUCUCAUGCUGAUUUGCACGUCCCUGGUUGGUGGUAUCGGCUACAUUCUCCUGGCAACUGUGCAAACGGUGGGUGUGCGGUACUUUGCAGUAUUUCUCGCCGCAGCCGGGGUUUUCUCGACAAUUCCUAACAUUCUUGCCUGGACGCUGAAUAACCAAGGCUCUGAUACCCGCCGCGGUGCCAAUCUUGUUCUCAUCAACGUUGUUGGACAAUGCGGCUCCGUUUUGUCUUCACGUAUCUAUCCAAUCGAAGAAGGCCCUCGGUUUGUCAAGGGGCAGUCCAUCUGUGCUGCGUUCAUGUUCUUUGCUACGCUGCUUGCCUUCAUUUUGCGAUCUUGCCUGGUGUGGGAAAAUAGAAGACUUGCUCGCAAGUACGAGAAAUCAGACGAGACAAACACCACCGCGGUGGAGAACUACGGACCAAAUUUUCGAUAUGUGCUGUAA